CCCAGAAGUCAUACAAAAUCCAAGAAUAGAGAGCCAGGGCAGCGAGAAUAUUAAUUAUGUACAUACAGCGCUCUCUGCAUGUGUGUUCGGUUCGUGUUUGUGUGAUGCUGUGUUGACUAAUCGGAAUGUUGGUAGGGGAGAAAACGCCGGGAAGGGGAAUAGGAAUUCCCCUAUGGAGCAUUUCAUAAUUUUAAUUGGCUUCUUGGUCUUUGGUUAAACAAAGUGGUCCGGCAAGAGCAGAGCCCAGCUGCUGUCCUUCAGCGGAGCAAUUCCCUCCCUCCUCACUUCUUUGUUGGCAUUGCGCGCGCGCGCCAAAGUGCAGAUUGGCCAAAAAACCCACACACUGGUUGUGGCCCCGCGCGUCUUUGUCUGCUUCUGGUUCUACUCUUUCGUCUGUCUGCAGAAGGGAGGGGGUCUGGUCUCCUCUUGCAAGGUGGCAGUAUGCCGAAGUUUUGCUAAGAUGACUCAAGGCAAGCGCCAGCUGCACUGACGCCAUUUGAAUCUCGAGGUCUACAGCCAGUAUCUAAUUCAUCGGUGCAUAUCUUAUCAGAAAUUAAAUAAACACUCGUUAAUUCAAUUCAAACGAAGCCCUUUAAAAUGAGUCGCGAUAAGGAGUCAUCUUUGAUGCGACCGGACGGAUAGUAUUUGUUGUCAGUGUAUCUUCUUACUCUGUUUUGCAAGUGCGCACUCGAUCGCACUUUGCCUGUGUGGAAGAAACAAACGGAGGAGCAGCGGGAGCAGAGGAAGGAGAUCAGAUCGGACAGAACAGAAGAACAGCAGCAUGAACAAGGUCGGCAAGCACAUCCAAAGCGGCAUCUCGUCGCUCGGCGGUGGCAGUCCUGUGGCCCUCUCAACAGCAACUCUACUUGGCUCCCCGGUUGAUAGUGAAACUGGCGUGGCUGGACCGGGGGCCGGCAAUGCAACGAAUGUGUUCAACUCGAUCAUGAGCUUCCUGCCAGACAAUCGGCCCAUCACCUCGCUGCACAUUGUUCAGGACUUUGAGCGCUGCCCAAAGAACUUCAGUGCCAUUCAUCGCACUUACGACCAGGAUGCAGACGCAGAUCUAUGGCGCGACUAUAGCAUUUUCGGGCGCCAGAAUACCCGCUAUCUGUGCCUCUCCAAGUCCGAGGGACUGCCCGACUAUGUGGUGGAGACACUCCAAGUCAUUGCCGAUAAGACCACUCCGCCGAAGGAGUACUCGCUGCUCUCGCGCACAGCCGACAGCGAUCAGAAGGCCUGGCGAAAGCGACAGAUCGCCUACAAGCUGUCGAAGCGAGGCUCAGUGACCCAAGCGGUGACCGAUAUCAUUGUCUGCUCCAAGCUAAAGGUGGCCCCCGAUGGCUUCAAGUUAGCCGGCGACAUCAACGGAGUGCUUAUCUGCUACAAAACGGGCGCCAUUCCCGUGCGCCUUCCGCCGCCAGUCCCAGCUGGAGCUGCAGCUGCGACCGCUGGCGGCGGCACCUGUGAGGUGGAGCAGGCCUUGAACCGCCUCAAUUUGCAGGGACAACGACACUCGCGCGGACCCCUGCCGCAGCCGCCAACAGCAGAGCACCAUGACUAUGAGGAGAUUCAGGCCAAUUAUCAAAUCAAUUCUCCACAGCGCCCGGCCCCACCACGUCCAGCGGGCUCCAGUGCCGUUGUCGGCGGAGAAGGGCGUGCAGCCUAUGGCGGAACAGGAACUCUAGGAACCUAUACCGAACUGGAAGGGGUUCCCUUUGUGAUGGAUGUUAGGCUGCAGCGGAAUCAGCCAGGAACUGAUCUACCCAUACUGCCAGAGCUAUCAACGCUGCUAAGAUCCUUGGACUAUGACUUUCAACUGGAACGUCAGGUCCUGUGCACCAUGAAGUCUUCGGCCUCGAAGAAUCCAUUCUUCAAGUAGAAAUAUCGAUAAUAAAUUCAAUCACAAAUUUCAACAUUUAGACCGUAAGCUCUCGUAGCCGUAACAGAUCUAAAGCUGAAGCAGAAGCAGCCGCCGCCAUAGACGACUCCCUAGAAAUUAUUUAGUUGCGAUUUAGUUCAGUGGAAGAAGGACAUGGAGGAGCCUGCCUCAGAUAGGAUAGGAUCGAUCGGUGUGUGUGUGUGCGCGUGCGUGUGUAAUAAGUAUUCCUGUGCCUUCGAUGUGUACCCAUGCCACAAUGUAUCCCAUACACCCCUAGUAUUCCCCUCAGUUAUAGUCGAUGUGAAAGCGAAAGUGGAACCCGUUUGGCAGCCUACCCACAGAUGAGAAGUGAAAGCAAAGAAAAUAAAACCCAAUAUAUUUACAUCAUUCAUCAUACAAUUGCAUCCGGCAUGGAUGCAUCAUACUUAAUCCCCAGAAAUGUGAUCAGAAGAGCAAGCGAAUGAUGUUUUUUGUGUAAUAAUUUUAAAGGCAUUAUGCAUAACAUAUACAUAAAUAUAUAUAUACUAUAUAUUACCUUACCCCAUGGUACAACCCUAUCAAUUAUGUAUGUAUUCGAAGGAGAAGGUGCUCUUCCGUGUCUGAAAAUUAAUGUUAAAGUUUGAAACAAGUCUAGGAAACGCCGAUGGCCAUGUGCAACCCAAUUGAUGUAUAAUUCUAAUCGUAUUAUGUAUAACGAUGCGCAUACACAUACACAUAUAUCAAAUAUAUAUACACAUAGAACAUAUACAUACAUUUAUAGACCAGUUGGUCUCGAAACAAACAUAGAUUACAUAAAUGGUAGCCUCUAGAGAUGAUUAGACUGUAAUUGUGAGAUCCUAGAUUCUUCCCAGCCCUUCCACCAGUCACCUGCCAGCCAGUCCCGUACCAUGAUCUACCACCUAACACACAAAACACAACACUCCACCCGCAAUGUUAUUAUAAAACAGUUCAAAUAAAAACCAUACGUAUAUACACCCAUUAAA